CAAUGUCAAAAAUACCAGAGAUCAAAGUCAGCAAACAGAGAUCCGUGUGUACAAGGUCAUCAUACACACACACAAUCACGAUCCAAAAACACAGCUCAGACCUUACACAGUUGCAAGCAAAUGCUAGAGUUUCACACCACAGCUAAAGUCCAUGUGCCUUGUAUACCUGUUACCCAGGAAAUUAGCUGGGUAACCAAAGAAGUCAGUCAAAAUUUAGGGAAGGGUGCCCUCUGGCGCUCUGGAGGGGAAUUGCCUGGACUGGAUGUCACAGACAUCUUCAUGAGCAGCCUGGUUAUUAUCUGACUUUCACAGCUCAGAUCCCAUUCUGUGUGGCUAAUUUAAUGGUAUGGAAAAUAAAGGGAGCUAAACAUUGUUUUAGAAUUUAUCUAUAGGUUAAGCCUCACUGGUAGAUCUCUGUUUAUGGCUUGCAUUUGUUGGGACUGUUUGGUUUACGUUGCAGUGGUUUACCCCAUUGUGCAAAUUAGUAAGAAACUCAUUGCAGUUAAAAAGGCAAUUACAAUAACAAUAUUUCACUAUAGCUGCUGGUGGAUAGGUUAUAUGCACUAUACACUGGUUAAUUACAACAUGACAUAAUCUACAGGUUAAGCCUAAAUUCUAGACCUCUCCUUAUGGCUUGUAUUUUGUGGGGAAUGCCACCCCAUAGUGUAGAAAAUCAGCAAGAAACACAUGGUAGUUAAGAAGGCAAUCACAAUAACAACCUGUUAUUCACCAUAGCAUUUAAUAGUGGCACUACCAGUAAUCGCCUUCUAUGAUGUUUCCAUACUUCAAGCCUUGAGAAAACCAGAUCCAACAAGAAAGAAUAACAUCAAUCCACAGGGAAAAAAACAAGAUCUUCACACUACUAUAACAGCAACAUCCACCAAUGAAUGUGUCAGGGAUGUGAUGCAGCCUAGUGGGAAGCAGAUUUACUGUUACCACCCAGAAUUUGAAUAUUUUCCAAUAACAACCCAAUUGUUUUAUUCCCCUUAUACCAGAGCAAUUCGCCAAUGAUUACAUUUUUUUUAUUAAUGAAUGAUACAUUGUACUUUUUAACUCAUUUAUAGUUACAUUUAAUGUAAACAAUUGUAUUGUAUCCAUGCUUGCUAGCAAGCAAGCUAAUGUUUGAGAAGCCUUUUUUAUUGUAUAAUUAAAACAGAUCAGGUUUACUAGCGCACUAGUUGUAACAGUUGUUCCCCUUUAUUUACAAAUAGUUUAUAAUAUUUAUAAUAUUUAUUAAUAGUAGUCAGAGGAUUCACUAUCUUCAGCCAUCAUGCCAUAUGUCAUAACAAUAAAAAAGGAAAUAAAAUGCAGUUAGUGAAGGAGUGAAUGUAUGAAUUAAACAUGGGUUUCCCAAUUCCUGCAGAUUGGCCCAUCCCUUGUAUAUUAUGAUCAUACUAUAGCUUUGCAUAUUCAAAAUGUGAACAUGAUUUAAAUAAGAUCACAAAAAAAAAAAAACUUGAUUUUUUUCCCCCUCUGUACCUGAACAUAGCAGGACAUGCAGAUUGUGCCUUUUUUCCCCAUAGUUUAUAGCAAAAGCUAAAUUUGUGAUUGUGUGCUUGGAAUUGCUUUUAAUAUUUUAUUGCUUUCUCCAUCAAUCAGAGAUAAACAUCCACAACUCAGAAAUGGCAGAAAAUGAAAAGUUUUUAUCAUCUUCAAACAGCACUCAGGCAGGGGACUGGAACUACUACAACUGGUGCACAGAUUACCCCACUGCCCCUGUUAUCUGGUCAGCAGUAUCUGGAAUCUGUUUCCUCUUGGGAUUUCCAGCCAGUCUGUGGGUCCUACACGAGCUCCUCCAGAGGCAAAGACAAAGAUUCACCAGUGACAUCUUCAUGCUCAGCCUGGCAGUUAUUGAUCUGACUUUCACAGCUCAUAUCCCAUUCUGUGUUUGUAAUUUCAUGAUAUGGCAUAUUAAGGAGCUACAAAAUAUUUUUCUCGUUAUCUACAGCUUUAGCCUGAAUAGUAGACCUCUGUUUAUGGCUUGCAUUUGUUGGGACUGUUAUGUCGCUGUGGUUUACCCCAUAGUGUACAAAACCAGUAAGAACCUCAUUGGAGUUAAGAAGGCAAUCACAAUUACAAUCUGUUUCUCUGCAGCAGUUUGUGGACUGGUUGUGUGCAAUGUAAUAUGGUUGAUUACAACUCCUUUAAUGGCAAUUCCUUUAAUCAUGGCACUACCAGUUAUUGCCUUCUGUGAUAUUUCCAUACUUCUAGCCUUGAGAAAACCAGAUCCAACAGGAAAGAACAACAUCCAUCCACAGAAGAAACAAGCUCUUCAAACCAUCUCUAACAGCUUCAUCAUGACAUUCGUUGUCUAUCUGCCACCAUUGAUCGUUUUCUUAUUCGGAAAGCUGAUGUUGCUUGGAGAAACAGAAACCUUUUGUUGUUCAGCCCCAUAUGGAUUUAGUUUUUCGACAGCUGGAUGUUUCAUUAUGCCUGUUCUGUAUCUGGUCAAUGUAGGUAAGCUAGAUACUGUUAAAAACUGGUGGAAGAAAUGAACUCUCGUCUACAAUAAUGACCAGUGAUGUCUAGAGCUCAUUGAGUGUCAUUGUUUUGAUUUAGUUUUCUUUUUAAAUUUUUAAAGUACUUUUCCAAAGUUCUUGUAGAAUUGAGUAGUUCUUCUUCAAUAUUCUGUUUCUUUAAGUUCCUGAAAUGAACCAUAAAUUUACUUAGUAUAUAUAAGUAAAUAUUUAGUAUU